UAAUGAUUGUGAAGCGCACCAUUCCUGAGGCGUAUCGAGGCUCAAUUACGGAGGGUGAGAAUGCAAAAAGGUUUCUAAUGGAAAUUGAGCGAUUAUUUGCCAAGAAUGAAAAGGCUGAAACAAGUAGCCAUUUGGCUAAACUUGUCUCUAUGAGGUAUAAAGGUAAAGGAAACAUUCGUGAGUACAUUAUGGAGAUGUCUAAUCUCGCGUCAAAACUCAAGGAACUAAAGUUAGAGCUACCUGAGGAUUUGCUCGUUCACUUGGUUUUGAUCUCUCUUCCGGCCUACUUUGGGCAAUUCAUAGUGAGAUAUAACACCCAAAAGGACAAAUGGUCCCUUAAUGAGCUUAUAUCUCAUUGUGUGCAAGAGGAAGAGAGGCUGCAGAGAGAUAAGAUAGAGAGUGCUCAUUUUGCUCUAACAUCUCACAAUAAGAAGAGGAAGAAGCAUGCGGUUGGUGCGGAAAAUUCUUCAAAGAAGAAGGAGAAGAAACAAGGUGAGGCAUUUGCUUGUUUUUUCUGCAAAAAAUCUGCACACACAAAAAAGGAGUGUUCUAAGUACGCCGCUUGGCGUGUGAAGAAGGGUUUGCCUGUGGAUUCGUCCACCAAAUGAUGCUGAAAAGUAUAUUUAUGUUGGUGAUGACCGAUGACAAUAAAGUGAAGUUCAAGCUAAAAGAACUUUUAUAUUAUUUUAUAAGGACUUGUUUUUAUUUAUUUUAAUUUUAAUUGAGACAUUUUGUUACACCGUCUAUUAGGCGGUAUUUUAAUUGGUAUUUCUAUGUUCAACAAAUAUGGUUCUUAUUGUUCCUUCGGAAAUAAUAAAGUAAGUCUCUUUUAUA